AGUGGAGCUGUUGAAUGGGAAUGAUAUUAAAAUUUGCUCGAGCAAAGUGUCCGAUAGAAUAAUAUUGAAUGUAACCGUCUCCGUCGUUGUCGUCGGUUACGAAUGAAUAUAUAUUUGUAAAUUGUGAAGCCGGUAAACGAAAUUAUAAAAAAGAACUUGUGAUAUACGAAUUCUUAGUUUUAUAAAUGUUGAGUUGACAUUUAUUGGCUAGACAUCACAGGUUUUAAUUUAGUGAUGCAAGUGAAACGACGAGGUUUUUUUUAAGUUUUUUUCAGUGUAAAUAAAACGAAGCAAAAAAAAAUGUUUAAUUAGUUUCGUGUUUUCACAUUAAGUUUUAUUGUACAUGUUCAUUGGAUGGGACUCACCUAUAAUUCAAUUAAGUGAUAAAAAUGCAAGAAUAAUUUUUAAAAAAUCCAAUUGUAUUGUCUGUCGUUUUACAAUUACAAAUUUACACAUGCGAGUACAGUGUGAUGUAUAAAAACAGCCAGUGCCAGUGGUGUGCUUUUUUAUUUAGAAUUUUUUUGUAUUUUUGUUAAAUUGUGUUCGUUUGCAAGUUCACAUUAAAGUGCUUCUAUAAAAACAAGUUUUUUUUUCUCCUCUAAAUACAAUGAACGACAGCGAUACUGAACAAUUUUACAAACAUAAAACGAUUUCAAUUGGAAUGAUCUUAUCUGUAAAUGUACGACUAUAUUAAUGUAAAGACCGAGUGCAUAUACCUUAAAACCGUCGUAAUAAACAACGAAUGUUACAACAAGCAAAAAAAACACAAGUGUUAUUGAAUAUUCAAUCAACGAAUCGACGUUAGUGUGUAAUAAACUAAAAGCAUAAAUAAUAAAAAUGAGCUGUGAUGUAUACGCUGAUGAAAAUCGUUUUGUUUAUUGGCCACAUACAUCCUAUUUGCAUUGCUAGAAGGCCCCAUGGGCCAAGCAGCUAGUAUGUGCCGCUUUAAAGGUUGCCGCUACAAGAAAAAUAAGCCAGGUCUGCACCUGCGCAGUACAGAACAUACGACAAACAGAAUGCCGGCUGAGCAGGGGGGCACAGCAAGACUCGAUCAUUCGGGUUCUCGAACUGGUGUCCCCCUGCCGCUGUCGAUAACUCCAUCACAACAACAACAACAACCUUACGAUGCCGAAUAUUCACGUAUGGAAUCUUGGAUGGACGAAAAUCCAGAAUUCAUUCAGGACUAUUUCAUCAGGAAAGCAACGCGACAGGUCGUUGACUCGUGGUUAGUUUCACACGCAACAUCUGGUGGAAGUGGAGAAAUGUCAUCACCGACACAUGGCACCAGUAGUAACCAACCAUGUUCAUCACGAGGCGGAUCGGGAGCUACGACACCGGUUAGGAAAAUAUCGGCACAUGAAUUCGAGCGAGGUGGUCUCCUGAAGCCGAUCGUGAAUACAAUCGAUGGAACGCCGACAUUUCUGAGCGUUAAUCAAAAUGAAUCGUCAUGCGGCUCAAAUACAAAUCUGGCCACCAACAGUCAUUCGCAUCGGCCACAAAGGUUGUCUAGAAACGAACUUAAGCAUUUAGAUGAAAAACAGCUUAUAUUUGAAUUGGUUAAAGACAUAUGCAAUGAAUUAGACGUACGAUCGCUGUGCCACAAAAUUCUACAAAAUGUUUCAAUAUUAUUAAAAGCUGAUAGAGGGUCAUUGUUCCUAGUACAAGGCAAAUGCAAUAGCAGAUCUGCUGAUGGAUCAAAUAGAUGUCUAGUCUCCAAACUGUUUGAUGUAUGUCCAAGAAGUACCUUAGAAGAGAUGGAAAAUCAAGACGAAGUUCGAGUGGCAUGGGGAACUGGCAUUGCCGGUCAUGUUGCUGAGAGCGGAGAACCAGUCAAUAUACCCGACGCUUAUCAGGACGAGCGCUUCAACAACGAAAUAGAUAUACAAACCGGCUAUCGGACAAAAGCACUAUUAUGUAUGCCGAUUAAGGAUGCCUCCGGAGACGUGGUGGGUGUUGCCCAAGUCAUUAACAAAUUGAAUGGGGAACGAUUUACCGAAAAUGAUGAGAAGGUGUUUUCGUCAUAUCUCCAAUUCUGUGGCAUUGGCUUAAGAAAUGCGCAACUGUACGAGAAAUCUCAAUUGGAAGUGAAACGGAACCAGGUCCUAUUAGAUCUGGCACGUAUGAUAUUCGAAGAACAGAGUACAAUUGAGCACAUGGUUCUGCGAAUAUUGACGCACAUGCAAAGUCUGAUACAAUGCCAAAGAGUGCAGAUUCUUUUGGUGCAUGAGGCGACAAAGGGAUGUUUCUCGAGGGUGUUCGAUUUUGAAGCCAAUGACUUAAGUGAAGAUGACAAUAUGUCUAGAACUAGUCCAUUCGAGUCCAGAUUUCCAAUAAAUGUUGGUGUAACUGGUCACGUAGCUACUACAGGUGAGACUGUUAAUAUAGAAAAUGCUUACGAAGACGAUCGGUUCGAUCCGAGCGUUGAUGAGGGCCAAUCGUUCAAACAUCGAUCAAUACUAUGCAUGGCCAUUAAGAAUUCGCUAGGGAACAUAAUUGGGGUCAUUCAGUUAGUGAAUAAAUUCGAUAAUUUGAAUUUCACGCGAAACGACGAAAAUUUUGUGGAAGCGUUUGCGAUCUUUUGUGGAAUGGGAAUUCACAAUACCAAUAUGUAUGAAAAAGCAAUUGUCGCCAUGGCCAAACAGAGUGUAACGCUGGAAGUACUUAGUUAUCAUGCCUCAGCAUCGAUGGACGAUGCUGGCCGGUUACGAAGAUUGAAAAUUCCAUCCGCGGCCUACUUUCAAUUGCAUGACUUUAAGUUUGACGACAUCUACAUGGAAGACGAUGACACGUUAAAGGCGUGUCUGAGAAUGUUCAUGGACCUGGAUUUCGUCGAAAGAUUUCACAUAGACUACGAAGUAUUAUGUCGAUGGCUACUUAGUGUUAAGAAAAAUUACAGGAACGUUACUUAUCAUAACUGGCGACAUGCAUUCAAUGUUGCGCAGAUGAUGUUUUCAAUUCUAACGGUGAGUGCCACUCAGUGGUGGAAAAUAUUUGGUGAGAUUGAGUGCCUUGCAUUGAUAAUAGCCUGUUUGUGCCACGAUCUGGAUCACAGAGGGACCAAUAAUUCUUUCCAGAUUAAGGCUUCAUCACCGCUAGCUCAAUUAUAUUCCACAUCAACAAUGGAACAUCAUCACUUCGAUCAAUGUUUGAUGAUUUUAAAUAGUCCCGGGAAUCAGGUGUUGGGUAAUCUUUCAUCCGAAGAUUACAGUCGCGUCAUCCAUGUGCUCGAAGAUGCAAUUUUGUCGACGGAUUUGGCUGUGUAUUUUAGGAAACGGGGACCAUUUUUAUCAGCUGUACAACCUGGUCGCAUGAACAAUUGGCUGGACGACGAAUCACGAUCACUGCUCAGAGCCAUGAGUAUGACCGUUUGUGAUUUGUCAGCAAUAACAAAGCCAUGGGAUAUCGAAAAACGUGUAGCUGAACUGGUUAGUUCGGAAUUUUUUGAACAAGGCGACAUGGAACGGCAAGAACUGAAAAUAACGCCGAUUGAUCUAAUGAAUCGCGAAAAAGAAGAUCAACUACCGAUGAUGCAGGUUGGUUUCAUCGACUCUAUUUGUCUACCGAUUUAUGAGGCCUUCGCAGUGUUAUCGGAUAAACUAAGCCCACUAGUCGAAGGCGUUCGUGACAACAAAGUCCAGUGGUUACAAUUGGCACAAAACGCUCAAAACAAUCCCAAUCACGAAUCCAUUGAUGAUGAUGGUGAUGAUGGUGUAACGCAAUCAGUCAGCAUGAACAACAAUAACAACAACAACAAUAAUAACAGUGACGACAGCCGAAGCAAGGGCCAAAAGAUUGAAUGCAACGGCGGCAUUAUAACCGACAGCAACCUGAUACCAAAAAUAGUUGGAAAAUUGGGCAGAUUAGAUUCGCAAAUUUUCUACCAAAAGCAAAAUGGCUCGAUGAACGAGAGCCGUGACCACAGUGACGAAGCAAUGGACCAAUGAAAACGUUUGUGGUGGACUUUAAAAUAGAAAUUGAACGAAGAGAAGAAGAAGAGAAGAAGAAAAAAGAAGUUUUAACGAUGAGUGACUCAAACAUAAUGUUUACUGUAGAGGAUGUGUCCCAAAUUGAUGAGAAAUUGGAGAAAUUAUUGAUUAAGUUGUGUGUGAAGAGGACAUCCGUUUUUUUCUUGUUUGUUUUUGUUUGUUUGGGAGUUGCUAUUAAUUUAUGAAUAAAAUAUUUUUUUGUGUUUUAGUUGUAUACCCGUAGCUAGAAUGUGAAUCAUAAUAUCAAAUCAAUUUGUUUUUG